CUGUUGGUGAUGGUAAAGGGACACUCACGAGAUUUAAUUAAACACGUAUGCACUUGCUGCAGACUCAGUUAAUUAAGUACGAUUAGUAAAAAUUUGGCCAUAGAUCGUGCUUUACCAACAGCAGAACAACAGCAAACGCGAUGAAAUGAAAUUGAACUGGCUAAGCGAAUUCUUGGCCAAUAUUGUAAACGCUAGCGCUAUUACCGAGGCUGUCACACGCCCAUUCGUUGGCCUACACCAGCAACUGACUCCAUCAAGCAUCUAUUGCCGGAUUAAGUCAACAUCGGCCGAAGCACUGGAGCAUAUACUGAUUGCAUGUGCGGUAUACUUUCUAGUAUGCCUGGGACUUUACAAGCUGACCUUCUGGCUCUCGGCGUCAGCGUCCGCGACAGCACCUGGCGCGAGCAACAACAACAACAGCAGCAACGGUGACACCGCCAGCAGCGGCUUGCGCAAUGCCUUACAAAGCGGUCUGCGUAGCGUUCAUCUGCCCAAGGCAGCGAUAAUGGGUCGGGUGCUUUUGGUCAUCGCACAUCCGGACGACGAGUGCAUGUUCUUUGGGCCAUUGAUCUACACGCUGACACAGCGCGAUGGAUGCCAGGUGUACGUGUUGUGCCUGUCGAAUGGCAACUAUGAGCAUAAGGGACAAGUGCGACGGGAGGAGCUGUUUCGUGCCUGCAAACGACUAGGCAUUUCCGAGUCGAAUAUCAUUUUGGUAAACGCUACCAAUUUGCCGGAUGAUCCGAACGUUGAAUGGCGAUCGGAUGCGGUUGCCAGCUUUAUAUUGCAUACCGUUGAAAGUCUUGAUAUACAGGCGAUAUUCACCUUCGAUCGCGAUGGGGUCAGCUCACAUCCCAAUCAUUGUGCUGUAUAUUAUGCGGCCGCUUCAUUGUGUUUAGCCAAUUUAUUGCCUAAGGCCUGUAAGUUUUAUACGCUAGAUUCGAUCAAUUUGGUACGGAAAUAUUUAUCAAUCUUCGAUUUGUUGUGCACAUGUUUUAUGUCUACGCAUUGGUGUAUUCUCAGCUGGAAGGAUGCGUCCAUUGUCAGAAGUGCCAUGAUGGAGCAUCAGUCGCAAAUGAAAUGGUACCGCUGGCUGUAUAUCUACACUUCGCGCUAUAUGUUCAUCAAUUCUAUGCGCGAGAUUAACCUCUCGGAUAUCGAACUGGAAAUGCAAAUUCAUGACAAUUAGAAGAGAUGGGGGGAUAUUUACGAUAUUGUUUUUUUUAUGUUUAAUGAAUAUAUUGUGAAAAGAAUGAACACCAAAAGACAAACUACCUUCACAAGUGACCGCUUGAACCGAGCGUCUUAACAUUAUUUUUGACACUGACGAUUCUACUAUAUUAUAUACAUACUUACAUUAUAGCAUAAGCGCUUGGAUUAAGCCAAAUUCAACUGCUUUUUGUGCGUGUUUUGGGCACAUACAAAAAGUUGUUUGAACAUUUAAAUGCAAAAACCAACCAGGGAACAAGAGUCAGGCAUAAUUAGAAACCAAGUAACAGUCCAGUAAACAUGCGUGCACACCUAACAUAUCUAGCUUACUAUAUAAUCUCUUUUAACGUUAUUAUUUAUACUAUUUAUUCCAAAAUUAUGUGAAAAAGCUUGCAGUCAAAAAUUUAAAUUUAAUUCUUUUGCGUAUUCUGUUAUAAUUUACUUUUGUCUAAUUAUUGAUUAUAAUUAAUUUAUGUUGUGCGUACAUUCAGUUCCUUCCUUAGAAUACAAUUAAUUGCACGACUCAAUUUAGUUUUUGCGUAUGUAAAUUUUGUAAAAUAGUUUGUUGUAAGCAGCGAAGUACAAUAAUUUUUAUAUGUCGUUAAAUAGUCUAUAAUGAGGGAGAUUCAUAGAUGCUGAGAAAACUAAAGAAAUGUUAAUUAUGUAUUGUAUUUUAAUCUUGCAUAAUUUGAA